AUGAUCCCUUCGCAGAGGUACGCGGCCGGCAGCGCCGCUCGCUGGCGCACAUCCAUCUCCACCGCUGCCAAUGCCAGCUCACGGCGCCUCACAUCCCUCUCCUCGACCCUCGCUGCGGCGCCAGCACGCAAAGGCACCACCUCUCGCUUCGCGUCGACGAGGAUACCGCUGCCACAUGAGCUCGAUGCUGCUGCCACAUCCAUCGCCUCGACCAACGCUCGAUCUUUGUUCACCUCUUCCACACGAUCUCACCCAAGAACCAGGCAGAUAGACAGGCUCCUCAAAGAGGGCGAGGAAGAAGAGGGUGAUGAGCACGAGGUAGAUAACGAACGAGAGCCCCGCAAGGAGCCAGACGAGUCCAAGUCCAAGUCCGAGUCUUCCGGAUCCUCUUCCUCAGGCGCUCGAUCUGCGACGGGCGGCGCUGCAGCUUCCGGUGCCAGCUCAGGCUCAGGAUCAGGUGCUAGCGGCUCUGGCUCUGGCUCUGGAUCAGGAUCGGGCAACUCGGUAGCUCGCUCUACGGUUCCAUCCGUAUACCCUCAAGUUCUCGCUCUUCCUAUCACCCGACGUCCUCUCUUCCCUGGAUUCUACAAGGCCGUAGUCAUCAAGAACCAAGCGGUCUGCGCUGCGAUUAAAGAGUCACUCAAGCGCGGUCAGCCCUACAUCGGUGCUUUCUUGCUCAAGGACGAAGAAGAGGACGCCGACGUCAUCACUGAUCUCAGCAAGGUGCACAAAGUCGGCGUCUUCGCGCAAGUCACCAGCGUCUUCCCCGUUCAGGGCGGCGGCCAGACAGGCAGCGGCAAGAAGGGCAAGGACGGCGAGGAGAAGUCCGAUGAUGAGGAAGGCAUCACCGCUGUGCUCUACCCGCAUCGCCGCAUUCGCAUCGACGAACUGAUCACCCCAACAGGUGAGACCAUCCCCUCGCCUCCUCCGGGCACAGAGGGCGCUGGUCCCGCCAACCCGAUCAGCGAUGAAGCCGCCAAUGAAGCGGUCAAGGCGGCUUCAAUGGCCAAGGUGCACGACAUUCAGCAAGAAGCCCGAGACGAAGGCAUCUUGCCCGAAGUCAACGACGCCUCCGCAGCCCACAUGCAGCAGAACGCCCCGCCCGCUCCUCCAGCAGCCGCCGAAGGUCAGUCCGCAUCUGAAGGUGAAGGUGCCUCCGUCGACGGUCAAGACAUGCCCUCCCACUCUGCACCAUUCCAAACCUCGUUCCUCCAAGACUACGCCGUCUCGCUCGUCAACGUCACCAACCUUGCCGCCGCCCCUUACGACAAGCGCAACGACCAGUACAUCCGUGCUGUCAUGUCCGAGCUCAUCAGCGUCUUCAAGGACAUCGCACAGCUCAACCCGCUCUUCCGCGACCAGAUCGCCAACUUCUCCAUCUCCCAGGGUGCAGGCAACGUCUUCGAGGAGCCCGAGAAGCUCGCCGACUUUGCGGCUGCCGUUUCCACCGGCGAGGUGGGUGAGCUGCAGGCGGUGCUCGAGGCUCUCGACAUUCGCGAGCGUCUCCAGAAGGCACUCGUCGUGCUCAAGAAGGAGCUCAUGAACGCUCAGCUGCAGAGCAAGAUCAGCAAAGAUGUCGAGUCCAAGAUCCAGAAGCGACAGCGUGAGUACUACCUCAUGGAGCAGCUCAAGGGUAUCAAGAAGGAGCUCGGCAUUGAGAGCGAUGGCAAAGACAAGAUGGUCGAAAAGUUCCGAGAGAAGGCGGGUCAGCUCAACAUGCCCGAGGCCGUUCGCAAGGUGUUUGACGAGGAGCUCAACAAGCUCCAGACGCUCGAGCCGGCUGCUAGUGAGUUCAAUGUUACACGCGGGUACCUCGACUGGCUGACGAGCAUUCCGUGGGGUGUCCACUCGCCCGAGAACUACUCGAUCUCGAACGCGACCGGUGUGCUCGAUGAGGACCACUACGGUCUGUCGGACGUCAAGGACCGCAUCCUCGAGUUCUUGGCGGUUGGCAAGCUCAAGGGCACUGUCGAAGGCAAGAUCAUCUGCCUCGUGGGUCCGCCAGGUGUCGGUAAGACUUCUAUCGGAAAGUCGAUUGCUCGCGCUGUCGAGCGUCAAUUCUUCCGCUUCAGUGUCGGAGGUCUCAGCGACGUGGCCGAGAUUAAAGGUCACCGAAGGACCUAUGUCGGAGCCAUGCCAGGUAAGGCCAUCCAAGCCCUCAAGAAGGUCGGCACCGAGAACCCGCUCAUCCUCAUCGACGAGGUCGACAAGAUCGGACGUGGCCACAACGGCGACCCUUCCUCAGCGCUGCUCGAGAUGCUCGACCCCGAACAGAACGGUUCCUUCCUGGAUCAUUACAUGGACGUCCCCGUAGACCUUUCGCGCGUCCUCUUCGUCUGCACGGCCAACACGCUCGAGACGAUCCCGCAGCCCCUGCUCGACCGUAUGGAGGUCAUGGAAGUCUCAUCCUACACUGCCGACGAAAAGCGACACAUUGCACGAGGCUACCUCGCACCUCAGGCCAAGGAGGCGUCCGGUCUGCAGAACGCCAACAUCCAGCUGCCAGACGAGACCAUCGACUUCCUCAUCAAGCAUCACGCACGAGAGAGCGGUGUUCGUGGGCUGCGCAAGCUUCUCGAGAAGGUCUACCGCAAGAUUGCGUUCGGCAUUGUCAAGGAGCACGGCGAGUCGGUAUUCCCCGAGCCCAAGGAGGGCGAGCUUGCCAGCGCCAAGACCGAGUCUUCGCCUGCUACCACGGCAGGCUCGGCAGAGAGCACCACGCAGUCUGUGACUCCGCCCAAGGUGGACGGUGAGGAGGUCCCCUCGCCCUUCACCGAGCCAUCCGCCUCGACCACCGACGCGGACUCGUCGUCAUCAGCGCCAGAGUCCAAGUCAAAGUCAGACGGCAAGGUUCCCGGCAAAGACGCUGCACCGGAAGCACCUGCCAAGGUGACGACCGAGAAGCGUCAACCCAUGGAAGUGCCCAAAGACGUCGAGGUGGUCAUUACGAUCGACAGUCUGCGCAAGUACCUCGGCCCGCCCGUGUACCACAAGGACCGUCUCUACACCUCGACCAUGCCCGCCGGUGUCUCCACCGGCCUCGGGUACCUUGGCAACGGCUCCGGCUCGCUCAUGCCGAUCGAAACGACCAUCAUGCCUGGCAAGGGCGGGCUGCAGCUCACGGGUAAGCUCGGGGAUGUUAUCAAGGAGUCUGCCUCCAUCGCGCUAUCUUGGAUGAAGACCAACGCAUUCGAGCUCGGCAUUGUCAAAGACGCCAAUGCCAACCUGCUCGAGAACAAGGAUGUGCAUCUGCACAUGCCCGAGGGUGCCAUUGGCAAGGAAGGUCCGUCGGCGGGUGUAGCGUUCACCGUAUCGCUCACGUCCUUGUUGACGAACAGAAGUGUUGCGCCGACGCUGGCGAUGACGGGUGAGGUAUCGCUGCGCGGUAUGGUCCUACCUGUGGGUGGGCUGAAGGAGAAGCUGCUCGCUGCGCACAGGGCCGGGAUCACAAAGGUGAUCUUGCCUGCGCAGAACCAGCCGAACGUCGAGGCGGACGUGCCCAAGGUCGUGCUGGACGAUCUGGAGGUGCACUAUGUCAAUAAUGUGUGGAGCGCACUCAACCAUGCAUUCGGCGAAGGUCCGUGGACCGAGAAGGCCAAGGAGAUGGAGGAGAUGGAGCGCAAGGAGUCGAUCUCCGCUGCGACACCGCCAAAGGACGUCAUCAAGGAGGAUGACGGCGCGAGUCAGGAUCAGCCCGUCAACUAG